AUGGUGAAGUUUGCACCGCUGUUCCUGCCGUGGGAGCGCAGGCUGCAGACCUUCAUGGUCCUGCAGUGGGUCUUCUCCUUCCUGGCCCUGGCCCAGAUCUGCAUUGUGGUCUUCAUAGGCCUCCUGUUCACAAGAUUCUGGUUAGUCAGUGUCCUGUAUGCGACCUGGUGGUACCUGGACUGGGACAAGCCAUUGCAGGGGGGCAGGCCCAUCCAAGCCCUAAGGCGCUGCUUCCUGUGGAAGUACAUGAGGGACUAUUUCCCCAUCUCGCUGGUCAAGACUGCUGAGUUGGACCCCUCCCGGAACUACCUUGCGGGCUUCCACCCCCACGGGGUCCUGGCAGCUGGAGCCUUUGUCAACCUGUGCACAGACAGCACGGGCUUCCCUUCGCUCUUCCCAGGCAUCCGCCCCCAUCUGAUGAUGCUGAGCCUGUGGUUCCGGGCCCCUUUCUUCAGGGAUUACAUCAUGUCGGGGGGGCUGGUCACGUCGGACAAGGAGAGCGCUGCUCACAUUCUGAGCAGGAAGGAAGGUGGCAAUCUGCUGGCCAUUAUUGUAGGGGGUGCCCAGGAGGCCCUGAACGCCAGGCCGGGAGCCUUCACGCUGUUGCUCCGGAACCGCAAGGGCUUCGUCAGGCUCGCCUUGAUGCAUGGGGCACCUCUGGUGCCGAUCUUCUCUUUCGGGGAGAAUGAACUCUUUGACCAGGUCGAGAACUCCCCUGGCUCCUGGUUGCGCUGGAUCCAGAACCGGCUGCAGAAGAUCAUGGGCAUCUCCCUCCCACUCUUCCAUGGCCGUGGUGUCUUCCAGUACAGCUUUGGUCUCAUACCCUACCGCCAGCCCAUCACCACUGUGGUGGGAAAGCCCAUUGAGGUGCAGAAGACACCAUACCCCUCACAGGAGGAGGUGGACAAGCUGCACCAGCGCUAUAUCAGGGAGCUGUGUGACCUCUUCGAAGCCCACAAGCUGAAGUACAAUAUCCCCGUGGACCAACACUUGGAGUUCUGCUGA